AGUCAUUUUUUAAUUCUCCUUUGGUGAAGUCUGAAGUGGGUUCAUAAUCCCUGGGCUUGCGUUUAAUUGUGGUUCCCUUACAAAACCCUUCUCUGAUUCUCUCUCUAUCUUUUACUCCAUUUAUUUAUAAAAUCAAAUAAAAAGGAAAAACACAAUGAAUCCCCAAAAUAAUUACCUAGAAACUGAAGAACAAGGUGAUAUUUUUCUCGAUGAAUCUGAUAUCAUCCAAGAAGUCCCUUUUGACGAUGAAGAGCUUCCUGAAGCAGAUGAAGAACAAGGUUCUGAUGGUGAUGAACAUGUUGUGUUGUAUUGAUGGGGUGAUUGCAGAGGAAGCUGAUGAUUCUAUGCAUAUAUUUACCGGGCAUACUGAUGAAGUAUACACGGUUGCCUGCAGCCCUACAGAUCCAAUAUUGGUUGCAACAGGGGGUGGUGAUGACAAGGGUUUUAUGUGGAGAAUUGGUCAAGGAGAUUGGGCUUUUGAACUCCAAGGUCAUAAAGAGACAGUAUCCAGUGUCUCUUUCAGUGCUGAUGGGCAGUUGCUUGCAUCUGGAAGCUUUGAUGGAAUUGUUCACGUCUGGGAUGUUUCUUCAGAGAAACUGAAGUGCACACUUGAUGGACCAGGAGGUGGAAUUGAGUGGGUUAAGUGGCAUCCUAGGGGACAUCUUGUCUUAGCUGGGUCAGAGGAUUUCUCUGUUUGGAUGUGGAAUGCCGACAAGGGUGCCUACCUUAGCAUGUUUAGUGGUCAUGGGAGUGUAGUGACUUGUGGUGACUUCACCCCUGAUGGAAAAACAAUAUGCACGGGAUCGGAUGAUGCCUCAUUGAGGAUAUGGAAUCCAAAAAGUGGCGAGAACAUUCAUGAAAUUAAAGGUCACCCUUAUCAUACUGAUGGAAUAACUUGCAUGGCAAUAAGCCCUGACUCGGCUAUAGUUUUGACUGGGUCGAAGGAUCAUAACGUUCACAUGGUCAAUAUUUCGUCAGGAAAGGUGAUUAGCUCUCUUAGGGCUCACACAGAUUCAGUAGAAUGUGUUGGGUUUUCACCAAGCGGUCCAUGGGCAGCAACUGGAGGCUUGGAUCAUAAACUAAUCGUGUGGGAUCUCCAACAUUCAGAACCUCGCAGUACAUAUCACCACGAGGAUGGAGUAACAUGCCUGACGUGGAUUGGGACAUCAAGGUUUAUAGCUACGGGAUCUGUUGACGGUAAAGUACGAGUUUGGGAUAGUCUCUCCGGGGAGGAUACCGCUGUCAAAACCUUCAGUGGACACAAUGAACCCGUUCAAUCUUUGAGUGUUUCUGCUGACAGAAAUUUCCUUGUCUCUGUCUCUCUUGAUGGGACUGCUCGUGUUUUUGAGAUUGAUGAACUCAAGUGAACUGAAUUUUGAGGUAUGUAUUAGGCGAAGCCUUUAGCUAGAGAAACUUUAUGAAUUGGAGAUGGGGAGCUUGAAGAACUGAUUGCGAGUUGCGACUUCAUAGGAAGGAAUGAAAGGAAAUCAAUGUUCCAUUUGACCUUUUCUUUCCUUUUUUUCCCCCUCUUGUGGGGAGUGUAGAUCUCAUAAAUUUGAUCAGCAUAGUUGGUUAUUUACUUUGCUCAUAUUCUCUUUAUACUUCAUUCUGAAUCUAUAAUCUAUAAAUUUGACCUUUUCUUUCCUUUUU